UCUAUAUAUACAGUUGAGGUACACGGAUAAGAGACACUUGCAUUGCACCUGACGAACUAACUAGCUACUCAAUCGAUCACUAGCUAUAGUGAUUUUAUUUCUGAACUGCAAACAAUGUCGACAAUUAUUUCGACUUCUCUCGGCUUACUGCUAAGCCGGCCGGCAACAUCUUCAGCUGGCGCGUCGUCCUUCGGGUUUCUGAAACCAGCAGUGGUGACACUCCCUUGCGCUCCUGCAGAGAAGAAGCGGCCUCGUUCCAUCUGCUAUUCUGUGGAUGCCAAGGCCACCGACUAUCCAUUUAACAUCUCACCCGUUGCCCUUGUGCAUCCUGAGAUGCCGCCCACGUCGACGCCGCGGUGGGAGAUCAAGGAAGACGGCAAGAACGUCAGGCUGACAUUCUUCAACUUGCCGGAGGGUGCUACAACGGGCGACUUCCAGGUUGCCGUGGAGGACGAUGUGCUCAUCAUCAGGACGAAGAAGCCCAAGCCGGCAGCAGCAGAGGAACAAAGGCAAAGUGAGCCGCCCCCCGCCGACAGCGUCUCGUUCCAUGUCCGUCUGCUCGUGCCCAAGGGGUACGACAAAGAGAGUGUCCGCGCCCAACUGCAGCUCAGGGCGCUGGUUGUCACCGUCCCCAAGGUUAAUCCUUCCUUCACCAAGGAGGUUGCUAUCGACUGAAAAUAGGAACCAACUCUUCUGGAAACCAUUUUCUCUUGAAGUACUAGGCGUGUAUUUUGUGUUUACCAGCCUGCCUAUCUCUUUCGUCUCUGAAAGAAUGGACGAUGAGUACUAGGAGCGACUAGCGAGGACCAAUAUAUAAUGCAUGCGUCAUUUGUCUUUUGAUCACUGCGAAUACAGAUCGAUUUUCCACCACCA